GCCUUGGUUUCCUUUGCUCUGCAUGUGGAGACGCCAUGGCUUAGCUUUCGGUGCUAGCUAGUCCCUCCCAAAAAGCGCUAGCGGGGUUAGCUGUAUGUAUUUGCCUGCCAACGCGCUAGCCGCCAUUUCAUUCUCCGAGGGAGAAGACGAGGAGUGCGACUUUAACAGUGACGUGGAGCCUGCACAAUGGUGAAAAUAUUCAUAGGGAACUUGUCCCCAGACACCACAUCAGAUGAACUUCGCUCUCUCUUCUCCCAGUAUGGCAAGAUUGCAGAAUGCUCAAUUGUCAAGAACUUUGGCUUUGUGCACAUGGAUGACAAAACAGAGGCAGAGGAAGCCAUCCGCAAUCUCCACCAGUAUGAGCUGAAUGGCCAGCCUAUGAACGUGGAAUUAAGUCGUGGCAAGUCGAGGGGAUCCACCAAACUGCACGUUGGCAACAUUGCCUGUACCAACCAGGAGCUGAGGGCCAAGUUUGAAGAGUUUGGCGCUGUGUUGGAGUGUGACAUAGUAAAAAACUAUGCUUUUGUUCACAUGGAGAGAAUGGAGGAUGCCAUGGAAGCCAUUAAUCAGUUAGACAACACAGCUUUUAAAGGCAAACUGAUGAGCGUGAAGCUUUCGACUAGCCGCCUGCGUACUGCGCCGGGAAUGGGAGACAGAUCGGGUUGUUAUCGUUGCGGGCAGGAAGGCCACUGGUCCAAAGAAUGCCCUCUUGACCAAAAUGGCUACCACGGUUCAGAGCCAAAGUCUGAUGGAUACGAUGCCUCGAGAUUUGGCGGGCGGGGUCGCAGCAGGGGUUAUCAUCCGGACUUCAGUGGCGAACCAGAUUACGGUGGCAGCUAUGCUCCUGUGCACGGUUUUUCCCGAGGUUCCGGUCACAGCAGCAACAUGGCAGGGUACAGAAGAGGUGCAGGCUAUGAGGGUGCAAUGAGGUAUGGGCCACACCCGGGCUAUGGUGUAAAUGCUGCUGCAGAACAUAGCAUGGCUCAGAUGUAUGGCGGCGAGGCAGCAUACAGGGGCAACGGCUCACUCUAUGGCGCGUUCCCAGCCUACCCGGUGCGACGGUCGCCUUAUGAGGAAAGAGAUCCGUACGGGGUUGUGGACUACUACGAGAAGUACAGGGCCAAUUCUUACGGAGGCAGUUAUUUCGAGGAACGCCGCGCUGUCCCCUUGCCUGCUCCAGCAGCGUCCUCCUCCACGGCUAUAAUGAGGGAGCGUCUGCCUCCCUCUAAUGUCAACCCAUACGAGCGCCCUCCCCUCCCUCCUCCACCAGCCCCAGUCUCUUCAUACUACGCACGUGACCGGAGUCCGAUUCGGAGAGUUGCUGCCGAAGCAGAUGGAUAUACAUAUGAGCGUUCGCGCCUUUCUCCGGUGACCGCCCUCCCAAGAAGUUCUGCCUAUGAAAAUCCGCGGGAUCCCGGCGCGGAGCGGGCACGGUAUACAUACUAGUGCUUGUCCCAUGCAGUCAGGGCAGAGCUGAUUUACAGUAAGCAGGUAGGCUAGCCGAAGUGCCAUGUAAACGUCACACAGUGAAUCUCAUUGCUGUUGUUUGAAGCUAAAGUCAGCGCUCUGUAUGUGGGUGGGUGGGUGGGUGGGCACAGUAAUGAGAACAUAUAAGUCUAAAUGGUUGGAUACAUUCACAAUAUGCUUUGAUCUUCUUCCAGGUCCUAAUUCACACUCCAGUCUCAGUUUCCCAUCUGUCAUUGUCUUGUAACAUGCUGUGGUAUAGCUGCAGUUAGCAAGUAUGUAAAAGCAGGUCCAGCCUGAUUCCUUAUGUGACACUGCCACAACUGAAUUCUUGCCCUCCUGAAAAAAACAUACAUAGCCUGAACACAUUACAUUAGUGCAUGGUGCUUAUUGUAAAGGUGAGUCUUCUGUUAAUAGAACUUCAAGUGUAUUCAGCAGCUUCUAAUGUAUUAUGUGCAUUUAGUGUAUUUGUGUUAGUGGAAGUACGCCUCAUAACUGCAGCAACGGCUAAACAAAUGUGAGUGCUUGAAGCCUGAAAACGAGGACCUUCUCUUCCUUCUCAUGGUUCCACUUUUCUGUUCGGGAUCAGAUGAAAACAUUUGUGAAAUUAAGAUGGGAGAACUUUUUUUUCUUAAGCUACAUUGUGAUUGAUUUUUUUUUUCUUUUUUUCUUAUUUUACUGACAGUAGGAACAUUACUUAAAUUCCAUUGGUUUCCAUUGCUAUGAUAAAUAUGAGAUUCACAUGUUCAACUUGUAGUAGUAAUGCAUUGACCUUGGAACCCUUUUUGUCUGUAUUGAUUUCUCACUAUUAGGUUAUAAUAAAAAAU